AUGGCACUAGGCGGAAAGACUGAAAGGUACAGGAACAAGCACAAGGCGAAACUAAUCCUAGAGCCGGAAGAGGCCCAGAAGUACUCUAAUUUCCAGUACCUCCAAUUCUACAGGAAGGGAAAAGAGGGUGAAGUGAAGGAAAAAGGCCUUGGAUCCAGUCAUUACUUGGCAAACACCAAAAUGAAACAUUAUUUUGGAGAAAAGACUGUGACUUGUGGCAGAGGCACUCAGAAGAUUAUUCAGAUGAAGAAGAACCUUAAGAAAGCAGAGGGAGAAAAGACUUUCUCAAGCACGCUUGAUGGUAAGAGUGGAGCUAAAGAGACCUGGGGGUGCAAGGAGUCGAAGGUUAUGAAGAAAUCAACCAAGUAUUUGAAAAUUAGGAGUAAUACAUCAGGAAGCUAUAAAUCGAAAGUUAGCACGAAGAGUACAAAAGGGUCUUCUAAUGACACUAUUGGAAAAGGCACUUAUAGUUCUCUACAAAAGAUGAGAAAGGGAAGUGUAAAUUCUGCCAAUGCGAUCAACUCUGGAAGGACUUCUUCUAUUAAAGAUAUGAAACAGAAUUCUUCUCUAAGGAAUUCUAUAAAGCAUAGUUCAGUGAAGAAAGAGAAGAAUAAAGAAAACAGAUCUCCAAAUGGACAAAGGAAGUAUACUGACUCUACUAGAAGUAAUGCUUCACUUAACUCAGCAGGCUCUAAACCUUCGAUUAAAGGUAAUUUAAAUCGAAAGUUUUCUCAAGAAAAAACUUUCGGAAAUAAUAAGAGUAAUUAUUUACUAAGACAGAAAGAACAUACUAGCUCUGUCUUAUCAACAUCAGAUGCAGGGUCUUUUAACAUUGCUAAAGCAAAUCUAGGCAGUAUGGUCUCCCUCAACUCCGCUGGAUCCUCAUCAAUCAAAUCUGGGCAGGGAAGAAAGGAAGAAAAGAAGGUCACAAUCCUCAAUAAACAUCUUAAGAAGGAGUUUGGAAGCAACAAUGAUAAAUAAAGUGUACUCGUACAAGCUAAACCAACUAAUCUCAGUAAUAAAGUCAUCCAAAGAUGAGGGGGGCAAAAGUAUAACGAAGACCAGGACUAUGGGAUAUAAGAAAUCAUCGAAUCGGACGAAAAAGACAUGCAUUAAGGUGCUUAAAACCAAUCGAAAGAAUAUACGUAAGAUGUAUCCUAAAUCCUCAGUGACUGUUUCGACUCCAAAGAACUCCAGUAUCGUUCAUAGUGAGCAUAGUGCUGUUUCAGGGAAGAAGACUUCUAAACGCGUUGGGAUUUCAAAGCUGAAUGAUAUGAAAAGGCACAAAGUAAUCAAGAAACUAGGCAAUCAGAUUACAAAGAACCUAGAUAUUAACAAAAAUAAUUAUACAGAGAAAUUGAAAAGCACCAGGUCACCUCACAAGAAGGGAAAUAUGAUUUUGAAUAGGAAGAAACCUCCUCUGAUAAAAGCAGGGGGCUCUGAGAAUGGCUCAAGGAUGCUGAGAUACCCUUCCAAUGCUAGUUCUAAGCGGGAAUGUCAAUCUAAUACUUCAGAUAUUGUGAAAAAUAUAAUAGUUCCUUGUAAAGGAAAAAGUAGUAGUCAGAAGAGAGUCGAGAAAACACCUUUGAUCCCUGGAUCUACACAAUCCCGGAUUGGGGUUCCUAACAUAAAUUCAUUGAUAAAUCCAAGCAAAUUGAAGAAUAAAGAGAAGAGAGUCAGAAAGAAUCAUAAGAAGGAUCUGUUUGAUGACCCCCACUUUUUCAGCAAGAACUUCUCUAAACUAUGAAAUUAUAAUGAAUACCAAAAGGGGAAGAGCCAGAACAGAAGAUACGGGUCUGAGGGAUGUCCUGACAACUACUAUUCAAAGAUGGACUCAAAUUCCAAGGAAAAUUCAUCGUGAGAUCUGAAAGCGUCUCGGCUAGAGUUCUACUCUUCAGGUGACUCUAUACCUGACAAUGAAUGUCCAGAGGGAGAGACUAAGACUCAAAAUACUCAGGAUUACAGAAAAGACCAUGAUCUCGCUAUUGAAGAUCUUAAUUUUAAUUAUUCUGCUGAGAAAGCCAUUCAGAGGAUUACGAGGAUCGAUAUUGACCCAGAGUUAUUCGAGAUUCCUAAAGCCUCAGAUGUUGAUGAAUCUGAAAUCCCUGAUGAGGUUUCUAGAAAAUGAGAUAAGACUUCGUUCGUCAUGAAUAAGUAUACUAACCCUGUAAAGGGAGAGCUUAGGUAUGAGCCAGCAAAUGAGCAAGGAGUCAGCCAGAUGGAUCUCUCCUUUCCAGAAAUUAAAUUUGAAGAGAUAAAAGAAAGCCUGAACUCUCAGUCGUUUGAUAAUUGGUCUCCAAAUCAACAAGAAAACAUUGAUGAGUUUCUAAAAGGAGGUAAUAAUAAUUCACUCUCAAACCUGAGUUUAAAAGACUCUGAGAGGAUGGACAUGACUCGAGAGAUUAGCUGUGAUAAUCCACUGGAACUUGAUGAUGAAGUUGCAUCCAAAAAGCUAGAAUUAGCAGAUUUAGAAGUGAAAAGGUCUAUUCAGGACCUGACAGAAACACAAUCUUUGGCAAAUUCUACAAAGAGGCCUCUUAGAUAUACUCCUGGAGAUCACUCACAAGCAAACUCUCAAGAGAAUGAUGGUUCUCAGCAGAGCCGGAAUAGAGAAGAGUAUCUGUCUAGAGACAAUAGUUCAAUCUGAAAUUUUAAGAGUAUAGAUUACAGUUCUUAA